AUGGCGGCUGGGCCACACACGUUUGUUGCGGCGGACGUCUUCUCGUCGGAAAGAUAUCGUGGCCUCCAGCUCGCGAUCGUUAGCGUCCGUGGCGAUGCCCUCUCCUACCAGCAGAAGCAGCAGAUAGCCAGAGAGUUCAACCAUCCCACAACCGCCUUCCUGCACGAUGCGCCCCAUUAUUCAUCUCGACCCCGCAAGCUAGAGCUGUUCAGCCCCGGGGCCGAACGAAACUUUGCUGCGGGUGCCGUGCUGGGAACUGCUCAGUAUAUCUUUCAGAACCUGAUGAACGAGGACGACGCCGCUUCCGCCGCGUUCGCCGCCCUCCCCAACCCGAGCAUCCCCACCGGCCACACGCCAGGAGCAAAGUUAACCAAAUGCGCCCUCGAAACCAAGGCUGGUGUGAUCCAAGCGCAUUUCGAUCCCACCAGGCGGAUUGCUGCCAUUGACGUCCCGGUCGACGUCCACGUUCACGCCAAAGAGACUCCUAGAGAUGAGAUUCUGGCAGUCCAGCGCAGUCUUCGCGCCAGCCCGCUGGUGGACAGGAUGAAGGCCUCCUACGCGGUCGUAUCGAUCUACAGAGGAUUGGCUUUUACCCUGGUCGAUUUCACGACUUGCCCAACCCUAAUCAGCUUGCUUCAGCCCGGCGAGACCCCGGAGCCCUCUCUUGACAUCGGCUGGAAGUCGGCUCCUGCGUCAGGCGCUUCAACACCCACGACAACGAUAACGAUGACCACGACGACGACGACAAAGACAAGCCCUGCCCCGGUCGUCGAGUGCUACGGCGCCGUAUACUUCAUCCAACUGCAGACCGAUUUUACCGAGGAGCCGUACAUCACGCGGCUGGUGGUUCGUGUUAUCGCGGGCGGCGUCGAGGAAGCCGCCAGUGCGAGUGGGUGCUGUGCACUGGCAGCGUAUCUCGCGCUCCAGAAAGGCGGGGCCAGCUCUAGACACGCCUUUGCGAUUGAGCAAGGGAUCGAGAUGGGCAGGAAGAGCCAGCUCUGCAUCGAUGUGCGAUUGAACGAGCAGGGAACUGGGGUCGUGAAGAUUAUGCUUUCGGGAAAAAUGACCUUGGCCAUGGAGGGCAGGCUGCUGCUGUGA